AUGCCGGAGGAGAAGGAGUACGUCGCCGUUCCCAUGGGCCAGGCGCCGGAGCCCGCGGACCCCGAGGACCCCGUCAAGUCGCCGCCGCGCCCCACCUCGCCGGCCACCUCCACCCGCCAGGUUCGCUUGUUUCGUCAUGCGUAUUGUGUGCUGUUGGUCAGAUGUCUACGCCGUAAACAGUCCGACAAAUUGACUGCAUCAGUGUCAGUGCGAGUCCUAUUGGAGGUAGAGGCAUGCUUUGCGGUCCUUCAAAGCUGGGUGUCAAGAAAAUUUAUGACUGGAUGUGUAGUUAUUUUCCCAAUGGCUGUGACAUUCUUCAUCACUUGGUGGUUUAUUCGAUUUUUUGAUGGAUUCUUCAGUCCACUCUAUGCAAAGCUUGGAGUCGAUGUAUUUGGCCUUGGGUUUGUGACAUCUCUGGUAUUCAUAUUUAUUGUUGGAAUAUUUGUGUCAUCAUGGGUGGGCUCAACUGUCUUCUGGGUUGGAGAAUGGUUUAUAAAGAAAAUGCCAUUUGUAAGGCACAUAUAUUCUGCAUCAAAGCAAGUUAGUACUGCUGUUUCACCAGAUCAAAAUACAGCAGCAUUUAAAGAAGUGGCAAUAAUUAGCCAUCCCCGUGCUGGUGAAUACGCAUUUGGAUUCAUAACAUCGAGCAUGAUUCUUCAGACUGACAAAGGUGAUGAAGAACUGUGUAGUGUCUAUGUGCCAACCAAUCAUCUAUAUAUUGGUGAUAUCUUUUUGGUGAACUCUGCGGAAAUUAUAAGGCCCAAUCUGUCCAUUCGAGAAGGGAUAGAAAUAAUUGUUUCUGGAGGAAUGACCAUGCCACAGGUGAUCACAGCGCUAGGACCUGCCCCUGAUAAGAACGAGGGCACCCGUUUAAGCAGAAUGAUGACUGUCUGA